AGUUGCGGUAUUAUACGGAUGGCCCUUCCGCCGAGAUUCAUUCGGCGUCGAUCAUUUUCAUCGGGAACGGAAUUUCCAGAGGAUCGAACGAUUCGCGGUUUAAAAUGAUAAUCGUUCGUGGGUCCGAGACGAUUUUUUCGAGCCUCUGUUCAUCCCCGUAGAUUCAGUGUUUUCUUCGCGUCUGACGAACUCUCUUCGUCUCAUUCGUUUCAUCAAUUUUUUCCAUACUUUCGCAUUUUCACUCGCGGCCCAGAAAAAUGGUCAUUUGAAGGGGACAGAGUGAGCCAUUUCUCGCCGGUCCUCGCCCCAAAGGGCUCGCUGAUACACUAUUACUUUCGAGUCCCCUUGCUGCAUCGCAUCACUUAUCACUAUUCCCGUUGGGACAUGGAGUCGACGGGGAUGAUCGAUGGCAAUGAGACGACGGUGAGGCAGGAGGGCCGAAAAUUGUGGCAAUAUCUCGCCGCGUGCUCAGCGAGUUUGCUGGCCGUUGGAGUCGGCACAGCUUUGGCGUGGACGUCGCCAGUGCUGCCAAAACUAAGCGCGGAAGGAUCGUGGUUUCCGGUGAGCGAGGAAGAGGGCUCUUGGGUGAGUUCGCUGUUGGCAAUUGGUGCGAUCGCGGGGGCUCUGCCAUCGGGAACAUUGUCGGAGAAAAUAGGACGGAAAAAAGCUCUUUUGGCGCUGGCCGGUCCGUUUUUAGUGUCGUGGCUCGUGAUAAUAUUCGCUCGUGUCGUUUGGCUGUUGUGCUUGGCGCGUUUCCUCGUCGGCACGGCGGUUGGCGCCUCGUGCGUGCUCGUGCCGACUUACAUCAGCGAAAUCGCGGAGCCAUCGGCCCGCGGCACACUCGGUGCGAUGUUCCAGCUUUUUCUCGCGCUUGGGAUCGUCCUCGCGUUCGUCGUCGGGGCGGCUGUUCCGUACACGGCUUUCGCCAUAACCUGUGGCGUCGUCGAAGCUCUCUUUGUCGCGACGUUUUUCUUCAUGCCCGAAUCUCCGACUUGGCUGAUCGGCCAAGGAAGGAGAUCCGAGGCGUCCCACGCCCUCGGAAUAUUUCGAGGUGACGUUUACGACACGAACAUUGAACUGUCGAAUUUGGAAAACGAGAUGGAAAAAAACUCUUCGAAGAAGAGCUCGGUCUUCGACUUGAUAAAAACUCGCGGCAACAGAAAAGCCGUGCUCGCCUCAUUCGGUAUGAUGGCUUUUCAACAACUUUCAGGUAUAAACGCCGUCAUUUUUUACACCGUUACGAUCUUCGAGGCUGCUGGCAGCGACAUGGACCCGGAUCUCGCUGCGAUCAUCGUAGCGCUCGUCCAGGCGGUGAUGGCCGGCGUCGCCGCUCUCAUCGUCGACAGAGCUGGCAGAAAACCGCUCCUCAUUUUCUCAUCAUUCACCAUGGCAGUGAGCCUCGUCGCGCUCGGCGUUUACUUCAAAAUACAGGCAAACGGCAGCGACGUCAGCAAUCUCGGUUGGCUCCCACUUUCCUCCCUCGUCAUUUUUAUGAUCGCUUUCUCCGUGGGACUCGGACCGAUACCGUGGAUGCUGAUGGGCGAGUUGUUCACGUCCGAGACGAAAGCGAUCGCAUCGAGUCUCGCGGUGAUGCUCAACUGGUUCCUCGUCUUUCUCGUGACGAAAACUUUCCCAUCGAUGAAAGAGGGUCUCGGAGCGGCCACGACUUUCUGGAUAUUCGCCGCUAUCAUGGGACUCUCAACGGUCUUUUCUCUGCUCGCUUUGCCCGAAACGAAGGGAAAAACCCUCCAGGAAAUUCAGCUCGAAUUGAACGGAAUCAGCCCGAAAAACUCGAGGAACGCUUACGGGGACAAAAUGACGGAGGAGGGCUCAAAAUUCCUUCAAUAUUUUGCCGCGAUGGCUGGCAAUUUAUGUGUCGUCGCCGGUGGAGCUAUGCUGGGUUGGACCAGCCCGGUGUUACCGAAGAUGGAGUCCGUUCCACCGAGCAAGGACAGUCCGAUCGACAGACCGGUCACUACGUCCGAAGGUUCCUGGAUCGGUUCUCUCGUUCCCCUGGGAGCUGUUUUUGGCAGUUUUUUCGCUGGAUACGUCACCGAAAGGUGGGGAAGAAAGCGAACUCUGCUUGGGAGCGUCGUUCUCUUUACGAUCGGUUGGGCUCUGAUUGCGACGGCGAGUGAAGUCCUUCAGCUGUACGCGGCUCGGUUCAUUUCGGGUUUCGCCCUCGCGAUCCCUUUCACCGUUCUUCCAAUGUACGUCGGCGAAAUAGCGGAGACAUCGAUCAGAGGUACUCUGGGCUCGUUUCUCCAACUUUUCAUAACCGUUGGAUUGCUAUGGUCCUAUUGCAUCGGGCCUUACGUCACGUACACGGAGUUCUGGAUCGCCUGUGCCAUCUUGCCCUUUGUAUUCUUUGCGAGUUUCUUCUUCAUGCCCGAGUCCCCGUAUUGGUUGCUUGCCAAGGAUCGACGGGACGAUGCAAUCGACAGUCUCGUUAGAUUACGUCGAAAGUCCAGAGACGCCGUGAAAACCGAAUGCGAUGAAAUGCAAGCAGCGGUUGAGGAAGCGAACCGUAGUGCUGCAACUUGGCUGGAUCUGUACCGCGUAAAGACGAAUUUCAAGGCGCUCAUCUACACCUGCGUCCUCGUAACGGGUCAACAGAUGAGCGGCAUAAACGUCGUGCUCUUGUAUUCCCAAGACAUAUUCAUCCAGGCCAGCGAUCCUGGCAGUGGCCUCGAGACGUCGGUAUCAACGAUAAUCGUUGGUGUCGUACAACUACUUGCUUCGUGUGUGACGCCCCUCGUGGUCGACAGACUCGGCAGGAGAAUCCUUCUCGUUGUUUCCGGAAUCGGAGAGGUCACGAGUUUGGCUGCCUUGGGAUACUUCUUUUACAUAAAAGAACAAUCGGAAAACAGUGCCGACGCCGCGAUGUUGGUGGACAGCGUCAAGUCUUGGCUGCCGGUGCUGUCGCUCGUAGUUUUCAUAGCGCUUUACAGCAUCGGUUGGGGCCCCUUGCCCUGGGGAAUAAUGGGCGAGAUGUUCGCGUCGGAUGUGAAAGCAAAAGCGUCUUCGAUAACGGUCUGCGUCUGUUGGUUACUGGGCUUCUUAAUAACGAAAUUCUUCAGCGACAUCGCACUCGCCUUUGGCAACUCUACAGCUUUCUGGAUAUUCGCAGUUUUUUCUGGUCUCGCGGUUCUUUUUGCCAUUUUUAUUUUACCGGAGACUAAGGGCAAGAGUUUGGAGCAGAUCCAGGCUGAGCUUGGAGGCACUUCCGCAAGUUCUGGUGCACAUUCCGAUCGGAAAGAUCUCGGGGAUAAAUAUUGAUGUUAAGUCUCUUCGUUUGCUCUCCAAUAUUCGUUCUUUUCGCUCCUUUCUCAUGUUUUUUCCACUCUAUUGACUUCUGUCGUUCCCUGUCUGUGAAUUUCAUGUGCACGGGUGCGUGCGCCUUGGUAUGCAUGCAUGUCACUCACGAAUGAAUGAAAUUUAUAGUUUUCAAUGAAUUUUAUUACUUUAUCGAAUCUUCGUAUAGACUCGACCGAUCGAUUUUAAUAUAUUUAUUUUGUUAAUUACGUCAAUGAAAUAAUAAACGUGCCAUUCGUCUCUCGUUGA